AUGUUUGCCGUCAACGUCCAAACCUCUGGUCUCUCCAUCCUUCCCGACCGCAUCCAACUUGAACCUGCCGACCUCGGGUCUUUUCACAUCUCUUUCAAGCUCCAACUACUCCUCGAGUACCUAGCUGGGUCGCUGUCUAUCAAAAUGGCCACAGAACUCUGCCCCGUCUACGCGCCCUUCUUCGGCGCCCUGGGUUGUACCUCCGCUAUCGUCUUCACCUGCUUCGGUGCCGCCUAUGGAACCGCUAAGGCCGGUGUCGGAGUCUGCUCCAUGGCCGUCCUCCGUCCUGACCUGAUCGUCAAGAACAUUGUCCCCAUUGUCAUGGCGGGUAUUAUUGGUAUCUACGGUCUGGUCGUGUCGGUCUUGGUCGCCAACGACCUGACCCAGAAGCUCCCUCUUUACACUGGUUUCAUCCAGCUCGGUGCUGGUCUUGCUGUCGGUCUGGCUGGUCUCGCUGCGGGUUUCGCUAUUGGUAUUGUCGGUGAUGCAGGUGUUCGAGGAACGGCUCAACAGCCCAGACUCUACGUUGGAAUGAUUUUGAUUCUCAUUUUCGCUGAAGUCUUGGGUCUGUACGGGUUGAUUGUGGCUCUGCUCAUGAACUCCCGCUCCAAAGCGGACUGCUAA